GACGGGCGGUUUGUCAGUUCACCCAUGCUGUGUGGGCAUGGCAUUGCAUUAAUAACAUUUGUAUAAUCAAUAUAGACGACUAAAAGGAUUUUUAAAGAACUGACAUUGACUUCUUUCGGGCAUGCCAGUUUUAAUAAAUCCCCUUUUUCAUUAAUAUUGAAUGGCAAAGGGAGUCAAGACGUUGGAUACGUGUUAACAAGUUGACCCAGUUUACGCAUUUACAUCUAGUCUUAAUUUGUUUGUCUACGAUAACGACUGGACGUUCAGGUUAGUAACCGAUAGUGACUAUGACAAGUUGGCUAUUUAAAAGCCUUCGGCCGACACUAAUUGGACAUUGAAGAAGUAUAUUGGGGAACAUCUACCACCUGGACAAGAUAUGCGUAAUGGCGAGAUUAAAGUUUUGGGAGUUCCACAGGUGAAGAAUGAUUUGCAGGUUGGGGAGUCAGACUGGAAUUGAUUUUCAACACAUAGGAAUCCAUUAGGUUAACAACGUCAGAAAUAGCAAUCAGUGCUUGUUAAUUCUAAUGACGCAUGCUGUCGGUGUGGUGCGCGUGCAACAGUGCUAUAUUGAAAUGUUUACACGUGAUUUGACGAUUAUUUCAAAUUGACUUCAUUUGAAAAUAUUACGACAGCCAAAAUGAGUGGGCACUUACUCAAAACGUACCGUUCACAAGAAGUCGCACGUGAGCGUAAUAAGCGCGAGGACCGGAAAUUAAAUUUGAACUUAAGAGGCAAAAAUGGACCGGAAGCAGUAUACAAAUUAAAUCUGGAAAAGGUGAACCAUGAGCAGCGCGCGAUUGCACGAGAACUAGGCCGGAUACGGACGAUGGGUCCGGCACGAGCAACCGGGAAUCUACAGACACUAAGUAAGGAACAGAGUAUGGCUGAACGUCAAUUAGAGAAAAUCCGACAGGGCAUACAUAAACCAACUAACAAAACUUUAUUGACACCUGAUAAGAAAUUCCAUCACCCUGUAUUCAAUUUUACAGAUAUUCCGGUGCAAGAAACAAACACAAACGUUGCUACGAACGAAAUGAAAAAGUCGAAAGAAAGUAUGGACCAUGUCGUGGGUUUAAAAGGACAGUCCAUAGAUAGCGCUGACGGUGAAGUCGACGGUUUUAUGAUCAUCAAAUAUCUUGGAGACUUGCACAACAACACACAGAUUUAUACUAGAACACCUCCGCCCAGUGAAAGGGGUGCUAAAUCUCCCGUGUAUCGCUCCUCAAUCAAUCAGAUCGAUAUCGAUACGCCGCGCUUAGCUUUUAAACGAUUGACGGAGAUUGGCAAAAUUGAAUCCGAUCAAGCGGAACAGUCCUAUUCAGAGGCAACGCGACCUGGCAUAGAACACGAGGUUAUUAACUCGGCGACUACCAUAGAUGCUCGAUCAGGGGAAGCGAGAGGGGGCGUUCUUAAAGAAGGGACGACAAAGGUACAUAGAGAACAUAAACUGAAAGCGGGGAAGCACCAAAAGGAACAUCUCAACAUUUACACGUCGUCACUGAUAGUGCCAGAAACUUCACUGCGGAGCUCCUUACAGUCAAAUCUGUCACAGAAAAACGAGUCAUUAGAUUUGGCGACACUCGCGAACAUUGAUAUGGCCAAUGUACGGAACAAAGUGUCCAAAAGACUGACUAAGGACUAUAUCAGUGGUCAAGGGUCAGCAUUAUCAGACCCCGGAUCUAACAGGAAACAAAACAAUCGUAAAGGGACAACAUCAGCUGGCCCGGAGAUUUCGGCCGGUAACACCAACAGCGAUAUUUCUGCUUCCCCCGGCAAACAGGAACCUGAAGAUGCGCCACGACCGCGGCCAGAACGGCGGAUGUCCAAACAACAGGUCGACGAAUUGCUCCGGAAACCCGUUUUAGACCCGGAUAUGUACAAUGCGGACGGUUCCCUUAAGACAAUGUUUUCGCUGCCAAAUUUUGAUUCAUCGUAUGAAGAGGCAAAAAAGGCCCGUUAUAUACGAACAAAUGAAAAACUUGAACGAGACCGUGAACUGACCACAAAGGAAAUAUUUUCCCACAAUUAGUGUCGACAUCAACGGCAGCAGUGGGAUAGCUUCUGUCAUACUUGAUGUAUUUAUUGCAUGCUCGGUCAUCAGAAGUGCAGCACGUGCUUACGUGCGUGCGCGUGUGUUGCUAUGUCCCAGGGGAAGAACGCACACUCUGUCGAUGGAUUAAACCAGGAAUGCGCAUGGGUGAUACAACAUUUUGAUUGAGGACAAAUCAACAAGAAUGGUUUUAUUGACAUAUUUGAUGGAAAAUACUUACAACACCGGCGGAUGUGUGAUGCACGUGUCAAUGUUGAUGUCAGUUGACGGUAGUGGUCAUGACAAUGGUGUGCUGCGUGUGGACUAAAUUCGUUAAAUUUUAAUUAACUAACACAUUCAUUCGUGGCCAAACCAUGCUUCAUAUGGAUAUACAACCUAAUGUUUGAUUUCGCGUCAUGUUGGCGGAUUGUUAAAUGGUUUCUGUUGUAGACUGUGAUAUUCAGUAGAAUCGCUAAUACCUUGCAUGUCCUAUUUAUAUAAUUUGUCCUGACAAAGUUGUAUAUAUGUUAAAAUGCGACACUAAAUUUAUUAUUUAUAUUCUAUAUGUUCGUUUCAUAUCAACCAUGUAUGUGGACAAUUUGUAAAAAAAA